AUGUGUCCACCGUCCGUGACUCAGGCGGCACCAGGUGCAUUCGCUGAAUCUGUCACUAACGUUCGCAUCCUGUCGUGGCUUCUUCUUGGUGCACUACAUGCCACACAGCCAUCUCUUCCGGUACCAAUCGAAUGCUCUCAGCAAAUCUCUGACUACAUUCACUUCGUACUUGCUGGUUUUGCGGAUCAAUCAAAGGUUGUUUCUCUAGCGAUUUUGAAAUAUAAUUCUCAAUUUGUUGUGUCCUCAAAACUUCUCACUUCCAUAUGCCAAAAACUCUCGCAUUUGAAACUGUUUCAUUCAUCAGGGAAAUUUAGGAAUAAAAUUGCAAAACACUGGUUACCUAUUUGA